UAUCCAUUGUGCAUAACUUUGAAGAAUAUAGCAAUAGAUAAUCAGGAUUCUGUAGUUGUUGUGGAUAGGAGACAUUCUGAUGUUAGUAGAACACUAAAUAACUUUGAUCUAUACUCUAGCAACUCCAUCCGCUUGAUAGGAGUGAAUUUAGAUGGAGUUGUCGAUGAGAAUACUCAUGAAGGAAAUGGAGUAAUCACUGACCUUUCUAAUUUAUUUAUAGCUGAAAAUCAAAUUUACAAUGAUAAAGAAACACUUAUGGAGGUUAUGCGACAUUAUGGAGUUGUGGAAAAAUUCAGAUUUCUUGUGACUCGUUCUAGUUCAUCUUGUUAUUACCUGAAGUGUCCUGCUGAUAAUUGUUCCUGGAUGAUGAACUCAUCAUGUUUGAAUCAAUCGAAGCUAUUUAAAAUUAGAAAGUACUGUGCGGAACACACUUGUUCCGUUAGAGAUAGAGUGUAUGCAAGAUGUCAGGGAAUAACUGACGUUGUAGUUGUUUUAAUAAUGGAUAAAUUUAUUGAUCCAUCGACUGUAUACACUCCAAAAGAUAUAGCGGAAGACGUUUUGAAAGUGCAUGAUGUUGCGCUAACAUACAUGCAGGCCUGGAGAGCUAAAGAAAAGGCGAUAAAAUUGGUGCGUGGAGAUCUAGCAGAAUCAUAUGCCAAACUUCUAGGUUAUCUAUACAUAUUGGAGCAGACAUAUCCUGGUUCAGUUUUAAAAUUAGAAAGGACGGAAUGUGAUAAAUUCUUAUAUGCAUUUGUUGCAUUAGAAGCAUGUAUUAGAGGUUGGGAGUAUUGUAGGCCAAUUGUAGUUGUUGAUGGGGCAGCUUUGAGAGGCGCAUAUGGUGGUACAAUGUUGACUGCAAGCACUAUGGAUCCAGGAGGUCACAUACUUCCACUUGCUUAUGCCAUAGUGGAUUCUGAGAAUGAUGCAUCAUGGACCUGGUUCUUUGAACAGUUUAGGGAAGCAUAUGGAGAAAGGGAAAACAUGUGUUUUAUGUCAGAUAGAAACGAGAGCAUAUGGAAAGGGACUGCAAGAGUAUAUCCUGGUUUGGAACAUUUUGCAUGCAUAUGGCACUUAUGCUGUAAUGUUUUGAAGAACUUCCAUAGGAAUACUGAAGAUUUGAAGAAGCUAUUUUUACAAUGGCAAAGGCUUAUACAAUACAACAAUUUGAGGCGAUUAUGCAAAGAAUAG